CCAUUCCUUCGGAAUACUCUCCUAUAAAGAUCAACGACCGUUGAGCCUCACGACCUCACACGACAUAUCCCUUCUCUCGUGAAAGGCUCAACCACGGUUUAUACAUCUACAAGGCAACAUCUCAUGCUGCCCCCUACGACAUUAUGAUUUCCAUAAUGCCGACACGACGGCUGACACGCUUCAUCGCCCUCGCAGCCCUCGUGCUCGUCACCAUCGCCGUUUUCUACAGCCCGCUUACCCCCCGCCGCCAUCAAAUCCCCGCGAGCCAUUCAACCUGGCAAUCUGAACUCGGUCCCGUCGACAACAAAGCGACCUCCUACGUCGCCGAAGCCACGCCCGCCGAGUUAUGCGCGCCUUACCACUGGGAGCCACACACCCCCAAAGGCGGCAAGCGCAAGAUCUACGACCUCUUCCUUAUCAACGAUGAGCUAAACUGGCUCGAGAUCCGCCUCAACACUCUCAGCAAGCAAGUCGACUACUUCGUCGUCGUCGAGUCCCCCAAGACCUUCACCGGCCUCGACAAGCCCCUCCACCUCCAAGAAAACUGGGAUCGCUUCGCUCCCUUCCACUCUCAAAUCAUCCACCACGUCCUCGAAUCGGACCUCAACUCCACCGUGGCCUGGGACCACGAAGACCUGCAGCGCAACGCCAUGUUCGACCAAACCACGCUGUCACCCUCAAACCUGCGCUCCGGCCGUGGCGGCAACCCGCUGACGCGUAUCGGCGAGUCCGCUGAUCUCUGGAACGCGGCGUGGCACUGCUCGUCGUGCUUCUCGCACAUCUCCACUCUCCUCAACAAACUUGCCUCCUUCUCGCACGCAGAGUACAAUCAGGAGAAGUACCGCGCUAAGGCGGGAAUCCUGCGCCGCGUCCGCAAUGGACUUGAUCUGUUCGAUCGCUACUGGCAGACCUACGACCGCGUGGAGCGCAACGUCGAUGUCCCGAUGUACGUCAUGAACAAUGUGACGCGUUUUGCGUAUCUGCUUGAUCGCGAUCCGCCGAAUGCGAAUUUUGAGGAUGUGUCGGAGUUGGAUUUGUCGGUGCAGGAGAUUGGGGAGGCGCAGAAGAAGAAGGGGAGCAAGAGGUGA